AUGAAUUAAUUACGAAAUCAAAGAGGAACAGAUACAGAUGAAGUAUACAUUGACCCAGAAAGAGGAAUAGCCAUCAAUGCAAGAUAGAUGACAACUGAAUAGCAUUUCAAAUAUUAUAAAUCAUCAUUUAGCACAUUAAGACCUGAUUUGACUGAAUAUGAAUAUGAAGCAUUUGCCAAGAGAUUAAGAGUUGGCGAAUCAUUUCUGAACCAUAUGAGAGCAUUCCUAAAUCAUGAAUCAGGUAGAGUUACUAAUCUCUAUCCUGUUAGUGCAAGACUUGAAAAAAUACUUAACUAUUAAAAUCAAUAUUUUCAUCUGAGACCACCAUUUAUUCUUGGACAUAGAUCAAAUGCUAAUAGAAAUUGGGCUGAUGCUUCCAAAGUUGUGAAUUAUGUUGAGAAACAACUACUCAAAAUUACAAAAUAUGGAUUGGAUUAUCCAAAUUAUUAUGCUCCAAGUACUGAGAAUGAGCUUAAACAAAGAGAAGAUGAAAUCUACGAGCGCUUUGUCAGAGAAAUGAGAAAACCUCCUGUUGCUGCAGCCUAAUGAAUUAGAAAUAUAAAUAAUAUCAAGAUAAAUUUAUAAUUAUUAUUUUUGAUCCA